UUCUGAUUGGCUGCAGCGGAGGUGGGUGGUGUCAUCCAGAAAAAAAAACCGGAAGUGUGAUUGUUUUGAUCAAACACCGUGAACUCAGGAGGAGGAAUGGAGGCGAAGCCAGAGAGUCACAAGCUGAUCUUUGAGAAGGAGGGUGUUUACCUCCACACCAAUGCCAAAAGAAGCAAUCAGGACACCACCAUCCCCGGCUUCAUCCGGAUAGUUGAGCGGGAUGGAGAGCCGGCAAUGGAGUGGAGCCCUGUUGAGGAGGAUAUGAGAAAUGCUCCUGCUGUCUUCUACACCAAAAAGGAGGAGGAAGGAGGGGAAGAGGAAACUAAGUUUGACCCGGGCUAUGAGCCAGACUGGGCCGUCAUCAGUACAGUCAAGGAGGAAAGACGACAUGAGCACCCACCAGUCAGAGCAACAGGUCAGUGGGGCUCCUUCUCCCUGCCCCUUUCAGAGCUGUACUCUCUUCGGAGGGCUCGCUUCUCUCUGGGCAGGAACUUCUUGGUGCUGACCACCAGAGGGGGUGAUCCUCUCCCUCCUCUGCACUUCCAUCAAGGGGGCGCUAGACAGCUGCUAAAAGCCAUGCAGCGUUACAUCAGACUGGCCCCGUCUCCCAUGGAUGGUAGGCUCUUCCUGGCAUACCCGCAUGAUUCUGGGGCCCUAUCGCAGUCGUUUGAUGAGCUGCACCUCUUUGAUGAUACCAGUGCAGAUCUUGUGUCUAGGUUCAUUCAGGAUCCUUACGCGACCACGUUCGGGGGCUUCUCCAAAGUGACGAACUUCUUCCGGGGAGCACUUCCACACACACAUCAAGAGUCGCCCCUCAGUAACCGCUCACCUCAGGACGCCCAUUGCCCACACCCAGCUGAUGAGGAGCCAGGCUUUGAACUCAUUACCUGUGGGGCAGAGCUCGGCCCCAGACCGGAGGUCAAAAGAGGGAAGCCUUUGGAUAACUGGGAUCAGUUUUUGGAUCCAGAGGGCCGUGUCACUGAUCCACAGAAGGUCAAGGAGCUGGUGUUUAGAGGGGGCGUUAUUCCGUCUCUGCGGAGGGAGGUGUGGAAGUUCUUACUGGGGUUCUACCCAUGGAACAGCACAACCAAAGAGAGAGAGGACAUCCUUCAGGUGAAAACGGAUGAGUAUUUCAGGAUGAAGGUUCAGUGGAAGUCAGUUAGUGAAGAGCAGGAGAUGAGGAACUCUCUCUUCCGAGGGCACCGUAGCCUCAUAGAACGGGAUGUGAAUCGAACAGACAGACACAAUUCCUUCUUUUCUGGGAAUGAGAACCCAGGUCUUGCGCUGCUUAAUGAUGUACUGAUGACGUACUGCAUGUAUAACUUCGAUCUGGGUUAUGUCCAGGGGAUGAGCGAUCUUCUGUCUCCUCUCCUCUUUGUUACCCAGAAUGAGGUGGAGUCCUUCUGGUGUUUGACAGGCUUUAUGGAUUUAGUGCACCAGAACUUUGAAGAGUCUCAAGAGGCCAUGAAACAGCAGUUGCUUCAGCUCAGCAUCCUACUGAGAGCACUUGAUCCAGAGCUGUGUGACUACCUGGACUCUCAGGACAGUGGUUCACUUUGUUUCUGUUUCCGCUGGUUAUUGAUUUGGUUUAAGAGGGAAUUCUCUUUUGAAGACAUCUUGAACCUGUGGGAGGUUCUGUGGACCCGUCUGCCUUGUGAAAACUUCCACUUACUUAUGGCCUGUUCCAUUCUUGAGUCACAAAAAGAGGAGCUGAUUGGUUCAAAUCAUGAUUUUAACUCUAUACUGAAGCACAUUAAUGAGCUGACCAUGAAGCUGGAUCUGCAGUCAGUUCUCUGUGGAGCAGAGGCUAUUUAUUUGCAGCUGACACACUGCAAGGAGCUGCCUUUGAAAGUGCAAGAAGUUCUUGGGCUGCGUGUCCAGUCCAGCUCAUCAGAAGAGAGUCCAGACUCAGAGCCUAAAGAGACACACACCCUUCUCACUCAGUCAGAGGCCAGAGGACCUUCAUCCUGCCAGAUGUUUAAUGGGCAGACGCCACAGCGCCCCCCUCCUACAUACCCCUAAUUCCAGAAGCUCAACCACCUGUAGACACACAGACAAAUUCAGUCCUGAGGUCUCCACUUAAACAUGUCCUGCUGUGACUGUGAGGGCCAUCCAGGAGUCGAGUGCGAGUGUGUGAAGUGUGUGUGAAGUGAGUGGGAGCAGAAGGCCAGGCACUGGUGUCUGACAGUGAUUUGUAAAGAGAGACAAUACGGCUCAUUGACCUGCCGGCUCCACUGUCUGUUGCACAUACCUCGCCCAGCCCUCCCAUGAGGACUCACCGCUCUUUAAACAGGACACCAGAUUGCCACAGGCCCAGGGAGGGGCUGAACGAGUGUGUGCUGUGUGAGAUGGAGAGGCAUAAUGGGAGACUAGUUGCUUUGACAAUGAGAUACCACGCAAACCGGGGGUGACGGGGUGAUAAGGUGGCACGUGAGCGAGUGUGACUUCAGUGCAAAGAAAACAAAGGUUGCACACUCUCCAUCUCUACUCAUCAGUCUCAGUCUCACACUCCUGUAUCAGAUUUCAGAAAGCUUUUGCAUCUGCUCUGAGCCUGAUGUCAUUUCAGACCUGGAAAAUCAGAUGUUCUGGGUUAUCAGUUUCAGUCUUACUGCACUUUUUUGUAGUAAC